AUACUGUGUACAUUUGUGCUCGAAGCUCUGCCCCCGGGCUUACCGGUAUGCCAAAUACACGAGCAGGAGCAGACUCUCAACCUCUCAGUUCUUUCACAAGUUUCAGCCGGUACACAAGAAGCUUGGACAGUUGACGAUUGCAGUGGUUCUGCCAGAAGCCCGGACAACACGCCCAGACCCUAGGAUCGUCUCCUUCGAGUGGCCCUGCGAAGCUGCACUGCCUGCAAGACAGAGUUCCUUUCUUCCGUCGUUCAUGCCCAGGCUACUUACAAGAUGAAGAUGAUGGCGGAGUUGCUGUGCCUCAUUGCUAUGUUAGCAGCCUGCCAGUUUGCUGUUCCGGGUGCCGGAGACGACAUUUUCAACCUCUGCCCGCUUGGGCAGUUCAAUGACACCAGAAACAGUACCAGUGGAGAGUGCGCUCCAUGUCCCAUCAACUGUGAAGAUGCUGGAGGUUACAAUGGCACCUGCCGCAUCCUGGAUGACGGACGCUUCAAAUGCUCGGCUCGCAGUGGUGUGGUGUUUGAGGCCUCAGAGCAAGUUGGACAAGCUAACAUUACCAGUGCUGGACCCUUUCUACGUGGUCAGGGAACCACGGUCUUGGAUAAAGAUAUCGAGCCGCAUCCCACUCUUGCAAACUUCACAAUUCGUUUUGCUGAUUAUGGCUUUGUGAAACGUAUGGAUCGACUUGAGUUCAAUUACAGCAGUAAUAGAGUAGCCAAUAUCACAGCCAUGUUGUCGGAAAAUGGACGUGCGCUGACGUUGGUUCCACAUCCACCUGCUGCACGUCCUCCGGUGCAGAGCUUUGGUGAUGCCCUCGCAUUGGUGAGAGUCCUGGACUUCAGACGGGAGCCGAGGAGCGAGCGUUGUUUCAAUGUGACGGCACACGACGGCGUCCAUCCGAGUAGCGUUGGUUAUGUGUGUGUAACGACAUUGUACGUGGACGACAACAUUCCCCGUCUUUCGUGCCAGUCACGAAUGGCCCGUUUGAUGGAUGUCGACGCACUUCAGACAGAGUUUGCGCCGCUUAUCGACUGUACGCUCACAGACGAUGACGUCAGCGUUGGGCAGACUGUGUCAGGUUUGACUAUUGUUGCCGAUCCUGACAUGGUGGUCGAAGUUCAGGAUGGCAUCCCCGAUGGUCUUGUGGGUGACUUGUCGUCACCUCACAGGCAUAUUACUGGCGAAGCAAGUGUAGAGGUGUAUGAAACUGUACUCAACUCAUUGAUGGUAGCCAUCCGCAUGACAGCGGAGAAUGAAUUUCCCAGUGGUGAUCCACUGCAACGCAGCGUCUCCUGCACACUGCACAAUGUACACCUUAAUUUAUCUUUACAAGGCAAUGCUGAGGUGAUGCUGAUCCCGGUCCCCGAGGAGCCACCGAUCAUAACUCUCAAUUCUUCAAGACAUUACGCAUUCACAGAGAAUGGAGCACCGGUAGUAUCCACGCCGACCAUCGUCAGCCUGCAUACCGUAGAAACUUUCUAUGAUAUUUCGCAAGUACAAUACAGCCUCAUUGGCAAUAACAAUGAUGCACAUUUGGAGGGACUUAUGAGUCAAACAGGCACAACCAGCGGACAAGUGACGUCCAUUCAUCCAACAGCAUUUGUCAUUCGCUGGACACCACCUCUUCGCAUCACGGAUUCUGAGCUCGUUAACUCAUCUGUGAUCAUGUAUCAACAUACGGCUGAUGAAUUCAACUGCAGCAGCUCAAGAGGUCUUCUUGUUGAAGUCACUCCCUUUUCUAUCAACACCAAUCAAGCAGCACCGGAUGUGAAGUCUUCUGCAACAAUAACAAAUUUAAUUUCACUGGAGCGGAGAAAUGAUCAUGAACCCCAGCUGACUGUAGUAUCACCUCCGCUGCCUAUACAGGAGAACAGUGCUGGAAGAGUGUUUGGCGGUGUCGGAAUCUUAGACGGCGACAAUGUAGAGCCCUGUGCACCGCAGUGUUUCAUUGCUCUCACCUUCAGGGUGCAGCAUCCGGAACGUGCUCUUGGCAAUGCGAAGACCGAGUUCUACUUUUUGGAUAAUGUUACAACACCUGCAUUUAUUGAUGUACAGCAGCUGGAUGGGACUGUCACAGUCAACUUCACAUCACCCCUCAACAUCAGUCAAACAGAGGAUCUGCUUGGAAGACUGGUGCUGGAGACGCAGGAUGACAAUCCCACAGAGCCCAUCACACUGCAAGAUGUCCGCAUUCUGGACUCAUCCAGCUGCAGCAACAGCAGUGGUGGUGGCCUGGCAUCCUCGAUUGGCCAAACUGUGACUAUUAACAUUCAGCCUGUGAACGAUGAACCGAGAAUCAGGCAUGUGAAUGCUUCGCAGUCGUGUGCGAAUUUUACAGAGGGUCCGAAGCCUGGCGCGGGACCGGUCAUCGUGAUACCAUCAAAUGCUACAGCCAUCUAUGAUCCCGAGUUUGAUGGUAUUUCAAUGAUCCUAGUGACUGUAUCACGAAACCACCACAAAAACGACGUACUGAGCUUUACUUCACCGUUCAUUUACAGUGGCACGGCAUCAUUGAUGUACAACGGAACUGCCGGGCAGCUGAUGGCUGUCUUUGAUCCUCCACGAUCCAUACCUGGCGUGGAACAUGACUUUGGCGUACUGUUUGACAACGAGGAUCGAGGCUUGAACACCGGCAACCGCGUGCUAGAUGUCGUGGUGUACGACAGUCACAACGCGAGUUCCAAUGCUGUCCAAUUCAAUGUCUGCAUCACUGGAUUCAACGACCCACCACAGAUAUUUGCAGCCCCUGGUGCAUCCUCAAUAUCCAGAACAUACGUCACCAGAAGGUUCGAAGAUGGGGUUCCGCUAGCAAUUGGCGCUGACGCUACAGUGUCUGACGUAGAUGGUCCAGAUCCCUCUAUUACCUGCAUUCUGUCCAACGCCGUGUCUACCGCUGAGGGUCUGGAGUUUCUUUCAUUUGACACAGGAACUACUGGUGUAGCUAUUGAUGUGUUUUCAGGCACGGACGACGUAAUCACCUACCGGCUCACGAAUAGUUCCAACGUACAAGAGUAUGAAAAGGUCCUACGCACGAUGACGUACACGAACAAUGAAAGAGAGACUUCUGGCCAGCUCACCGUUCUAGUGACCUGCACCGUCUCUGAUGGAGUUCUCGAGGAUAGCUUCAGAGUCACGAUCAAUGUGGAGAAUGAACCCUCCAUUGCCCGCCAGACCCCAUCUCAAGGAGUUCGAUCCAUUGUAGCUGGAUGCACCAGUGUGCUAGGUCAGAACUACACGCUGCAAAGCGGAGAUACGGACUUCUUGGGCAGUUUCAGCAUUUCAGUUCGGCAUCGCAAUGGUACACCAUGUGCAGUUGCUUGCAACCCGGCAAACAGCAUCCAACUCCUGCUACUGUCCAGCUUGCUGGUGGAUCUAGGAACUAUACAGGGAAAUGCAACAGCUACGCUCACCUUCUCUGUUGGUACAUCUCCUGUAACAUUCAGUCAAGCCGAGGCACUGAUGCGCGAGGUGAUUGUAUGCAGUCAGUUUUCAAGCACCGAGCUCGUGACCAUCAAAUCUGACGUAAGUGAUUGGCCAUUCGGCAGAGCCAGUGCUUCCGUCUACUCCGAUCUGACGCUGGGAAUUGUCACCAGGCGGCCUACUCUACAUCUCAAUGCCAGUAUGUGUCCUAUGGGCAACAUCACCGAGGCGUAUUUACCAAUCAACGAUUCCAGUCCACAGCCUACAGAUGUUGAUAGCAUCCUCCAGCAGCUCUCGAUAAGCAAUGGUAACGCCGAGAGUGAGAGUGCUGUGACCAUCCUGUCCGUAGUACUUGUUCCAGCUGAUCUCGCUGCAAUCCUACAGUACAGACUCACUCCGACGGCUGCUUGGCAGAAUGUAUCAGCUAAUCUGAAUGGUAGUGUCGAGCCAGGUGUCGGAAUGCCCAUUUUUGCUGGCCAGCAGAUACGUGUUCUUCCCUUACCCAGCGUCCAGAAGGUGUCCGGCUGCUUAGAGUAUACCGUUGCGGCAUUUGACAACACCACAUUAAGCACAGCUGGCUUGCCCUUGGACAAGUUUCCUUACAGCUCAGAACACCUCACCUGCUCAGUUUGCUUUGAGUACCGGAAUCGCCGGCCAGUCAUACAUGAAUCAGUGCUCCUCCUUCCAAUCAUUCUUGAAGAUGCCGGUCAGUCUGCUGAAAGCGGGGCGCAACUCAUGGUCUCAUCGGGCCCAGCAAACAUAUCUCUGUACAGAUUUUCACAGGCUGCAGACUCGCCAAGUCCAGUACCAACACCUGUUGCAAACCUUCUGGCGAAUAUCAGUUCUGAUGAUGACGAUGAUGGUGGUCGCUUGGCCAUUGCGCUGCGCAAUGCUGUAACAAACAAUGUCGGAGUAUUCCAGUAUUCAAGCCCCAAUGGAUCAGUUAUCAACAACAUUUCUUUUGAACUAGCGCCCAAUGAGUUUUUAGUGCUUCGCCCACCUCUUCAAAUCCUAUUCGACCCAGAACUUCACGCUAAUGGAAACGCAACCAUUGAAGCAUGGGCCUAUGACGAUUCCAGCUUUCCCGCUGGCGACACGGGAAGAGUGAUGGUAACAGACUUUGGACCCAGUUCACCGAUAUCUGCUGGGAGUACAGUCAUAACACAAAUUGUGGAGCCUGUCAACGAUCGCCCUGUCGUCGAUUUGAACGGACCAUUACUGCUCGGCUUAGACCAAACGGUGGAGUUUGUAGAGGAAUCAGUGCAGGCAAUCUACCUCACUCCUGAUGCACAGAUCUUUGAUGUGGAGUUCAACACACUAGCAAAUCUGACAGUUGUGUUUGACAGUGUAUACCCCGGUGAAGAUGUUAUCAACUUUGUUGCUCCAAACAGCUUGACUGUGGCGACUGAUGACGUAAGCACGGGCGGUAUGAGGGUUAUGCGCACUAUCACUGCCCAGCCUGCGUCAGGACCUAAUGCACCAAAAGCAGACUACUCGGAAUUCCUGAGAUCGUUCACAUAUAUCAACACUAAUGAUGAAUUCACAGGAAGUAGAAGAACGGCUAGUGCCACAGCCCAUGAUGGGAAGAGUCCAAGUCGGCUAUCAGCCCUGACUAUUAACCUGAUCAGCACAAACGAUGCUCCAGAAUUUGAGCCACCAGCACCGAGGAGCAUGAAUGCGACUGAGCAAGCAUCCCAGGCCACAAUUCGGACAACCAAUGUCUUCCAAUCGAAUGUGACCGAUGAUAAUUCGGCAUCAGUGUCAGAAGUAACAGUUCGACUGGAUGGAAUCAGGAAUGAAGGUGAACGAUUGGCAAUAGCCGAGGGAUUUGGGCUAGGAAGCUCCUUCAAUCUUACUGAUUACAAUAUGACAAGCCAUGUCUAUAACCUAGCCAUCGGUGGUUUGUCGUUCAUGGAAACCAGCAAUGCCAUUCAGCUUAUAGAGUACGUCAACAUAGCUGAUGAGCCGUUGAAUGGAGAGCGGACUAUCUCUGUUGUCGUCAGAGAUAGCAUGGCAGGGCCCAUCACUCCACUUAAUCCAUUCGGUGGAACAUCUGCACCAUUGGAAACAUUCCUUUCAACAAUUCCAGUCAAUGACAAUGCACCUGUGUUUACACAAGUGCAAUAUGACACUUGUGCACCAGAAGGUGCAAGAGGUUUCACUGUCACCAGUAGCAUCUCUGCAACAGAUGCCGACAGCAUCAAUCAAGUACAGGACCUGCGAUUCUUCUUCAUCUGCCCUAAUAUGUCAUUGAAUCUCGGCUUGUCGGUCGAUGGAAUGUUGACCGAGUUGGAGGGUACAGCAGCUCCAGGAAGUGGACCAGGAAUGGACACCCAAAUGACUGUGUGUGAUGUCUUUGGAAUUGACAACACAACGGGUGUUGUGACUUCGUGUGACGGCGAACUUUGUGCUGUCCCCCGUUGUCUUCUUCAUCCAUCCAUUACAAUUCCAAUGGGAGUAUCUGAUGGAGAAUUCAGUGCAUAUGCAACUCUCAAUAUCACAGUCGUGGAAGCCAAUAAUAAUGCUCCAAGAUUCACUGAUAAUGCUGGUGUGAGUGUAGAUGAAAGCUUCCUUGGUGUCUCUGUGACGACCAUCAUGGCUGUCGAUGAUGAUGUGUUCCCCCCUAACAAUGUGAUUGAAUACAGCCUCGUGGACACGUUCUCUGGCCUCUUCUCAAUUAAUAUGACUUCGGGAGAAAUUUCAACCACUACUGGUCUAGACUAUGAGAGUGUCUGUGAAUACAACUUGACAGUUGUAGCUACAGAUGGUGUUGGAGCUAAUACGGAUUGUUUCUUUGGUGGAAGAUUGACUGCAACUCGCCAGCUGAUUGUGACAGUCAAUGACGUGAAUGAGUUUGCUCCAACUGUCCCAAAUGCUGUUACAGAAUCAUUUGCAGAGGAUACACCUGUAGGCACAACUAUACUUGCGCUAUCUGUUGAUGAUAAAGACACUGGUUGUCCAACAAUUGAUAACGAUGGAGAUGAGCUCAGGUAUUCUCUUCAACAGGAUUCUCCACCUUUGUUUGAUAUUGAUAACGAGGGCGUCAUUACCCUGGUCACUAGUCUGGACUUUGAAACAGCAACUAUGCAUACAGCCACUGUGUUUGUCAACGACACUGGAACACCACCCCGUAGCUCAUCGUUUCCUCUAACUGUGAACGUCACCAAUGUCAACGAUAAUGGCCCUGUUUUUGGUCCAGAUUCGUAUACUGCUACUGUCAACGAGACAACUGCAAUUACAAAUGUGUUGGUUUUCAUUGCUACUGAUGCUGAUGGUACACUUAAUGAUCUGAAAUUCAGUCUUCAAGGCGAGCCAACGAGUGUGUCUGUGGAUCCAGUUACUGGUGUUCUGUCAAUUAUUGAUACCAACCUGGACUUUGAAACUGAUCCUGUCAUCACAUUCACAGCAUUCGUGAACGAUUCAAUGUUUACUGAUACGGCUUCAGUUACAUUGAAUUUACUGGACUUGAAUGAUAAUGUUCCAAUGUUGCGAAACAUUAUAAACAACACAUAUACAAUCCAGAACAGACCAAUUGGUUUGCAGCCCAAUGCUAUUGUUGUGGAUAAUGAUGCAAUUCACCCUAUUGAUCGACUUACCAUUGAUCUUCCAGGAACUUCUGCUGUUGCGCAGCGCUUGGCUUCUCCACUUCCAUGUGACUGCACAGCCUCACCACUCGGCACAUGUCCCGAUAUCACUGCUCUCAAUCUACUGACACUGAUGACAGGCCCAGUUCCUGUUGACAAUGGUAUUGCCACUUUCAAUGGACUAGCUAAUAAAGUCAGUAUGGCUGAAGUACAGGCCAGCCUCGUCGAGGGCUUUGUACUCUCCACUUGCAUUAGGAUCAACACAACCAAAUUUGGCUACCUGAUAACUGUCCUGGAUAAUUCUGGUAAUGUUACCUUCGCUGUGGAACCAAGACCAACUGGAGCUAUUGCAGUCUCAUAUACAGUUGAUGGCGCGAGGAAAACCUUUGAAGUUGCCCAUCCAUCUGCCGACUUGUUUGAUGGGCUUUGGCACAACUUUGCACUCGAAUUGCGAUUCCCCCAACUCCGUCUUCACGUCGACAAUGUACAACAGACUCCAUUCGUACUUCUUCCUUCUCAACGGCCCGAUGGUUUACCAAAUAACCAUAGUGGUCUGAUCAUUGGUUGCCAUAAUGCACAGUGCUUCCGAGGACAAGUGCGAGCUCUGGCUUUCAGAGUGGGAAUCUCAAACUUGUUGCACUUUGCACAUACUCCAGGAGCGUUUGAUGGAACAUCUUUCUUGUUUGGUGGAAUGUUGGGCGAUGAGAGACGAGUAGCUGAGGUUCACAAGCCUGGUAUUCGUACCAACACAGAUAGUUUUGAAAUUGAUGUUGAAUUUGAACUUGCCUUUGAAGAAGGUGCUGAAAGGGAACGUGGUGUGCUUGUUAGCGAGGGACGUGCACUCGAUUGGCGGUAUGGUCUAAUUGCUCAAGCCGCUGCAGUCGGACAGGCAGGAUCAAAAGCAUUUUUUGAGACUUUUCAUCGUGCUUGUGACGGAUCAUUAAAUAUACUAGUUGAAUCUGGUGGCGUUUUUGACUUUGGUCCAUUAGGAGGGAAUAUCCAAACAGGAAGACAUGAAGUCCAAGCUCAGUUUCAGCCUGAUGCAAUUGUUCUCACUCUGGAUGGGACACUAUCUAUCACGUUAAACCUAUCCCUGGCGCAAGUGCCAUGCUUUGCCAACCCUGUACCAACUGAUGCCAACUCUUUUACCUUUGGUGCUCAUUUGGAAAACGAUACAGAAGUAACAGAUUCCGGCACCCACUUGAAUGGUCGAAUUUUCAAAGCUCUUGUCAGGGCAGGAACAACUACUGCAGCAGAGAAGGCUUGCCUCCAGGAAGGUUGUGGCGAGUGCAAAUGUGGUGGGCGCUGUGACAAUCUGCCCGUUUGUGUUGCAGGUGAUCCAACACUGGGUUGUAGAUUUGACAUUAGUAAGUACGGCAAGUGUGGAAUUGAUGCCACUGAUCUAUUGCUUCUAGCCGGUUCGGCAUGUACUGAUGGUGAGCAAAUUCUUCAGACAACUGAAACAGGCCCGAACACAUCUUUGGAUGCUGGAAAUACAGAUCUUCCAUCGGAUUUCAGUGAGUUUUCAGUGGCAGCUUACUUUGAAAUGGAUCCAUCUCGAGACGGUGGAGUGAUUGUUGUUGUUCCAGGAGUGGUUGCAGUUUCGAUUAAUAACUCCUAUGUUGUUGUAUUCAUCUGUGUUCCCAAUGAAAGAAAUAUUAUAUAUGUACCACUCGAAUUUGUCCUAACAUCAGCUGUAAAUAACAACAUUCCACACCACAUAGCAGUGAGUGGAGAUGCCAACAGCAUUGUUGUGUUUGUGGAUGGUGCCAGUCUUGGUACCCAAGCAAGGCCUGCUAAUAGUGGAACAAGUAUCACUGGGAGAAUCUACUUUGGUUUCUGGCCAAUGACAACACAUCCCCGGUUCGUUGGUACUUUGCGUGCAGUGACUCUAAGUAACAAGACACUGAGUCAGUUUGAGGUCUUGUGUGUGGAAAGCUGCGGUUCCUUCAUCACUGUAAAUGAUCCUGCUUCUGUCUCUCCCAACAUCACCAAGAUUGGCAAUGGCAAUGGAAUGUUCAACACUGCAAUUGAUCUUGUUGGCAAGGAAUUUGAGGAUCGUUAUGGUUCUGUCCUUCGGACUGUGCGAUACUACAACUUGUUCUCUGAGCCUCAAAAGACAUUACCAUUUGAUCAAUCCCUCCGGAUUUCUGUUUUUGAUAAUGGAGGUACAUCAGCUGUGGAAACAUCCAUCUCCACAAUAACUGUGCAAUCCGCUGGUACGCCUGUUAUCCGUGCUGGUGAUGGGGAGAUCGACAAUGUUGUUAUUGUUGAAGGUGGAGCUCCAGCACAACUCGUAUCUCCUCAAGUUGUAAUUCUCUUACCAGUGGUACCUGGUCUUCAAGCCAUUGUCAUAAUCAACAGUAUUGAAGGUGGCUGUCCACUAGGAGAGAGUCUAUCUUUGGAUAACUCCAUCAGCAGUACAUGUACCAAUCUGACUAUUGUCAACAGUACUCAGGCAAUUCUUAUACCAAGUGCACGCAACUCAGGCGGUGAUCUUUCGAAUACGUUGCGUGCUGUCAGGUUGUGUACUUAG